UCUAUCAAAAAAAUCACUUUUGCAUGUACAAAUACAUUACCAUGCAUACUUUUUGUUUUGACCAAAUGAUAUGAUCUUGACGGCUGAUAACCGUCUUGAAAAACGAAUACAAUCAACAUUACGGCUUCAGCCGGAGGUAUGCCCGGGGCAGUAAUACAACUCCCUCAAGGUAAAGAGGAGCGCUACAUAGUCAAGCUAACGUUAGCUGUUUUUAGCAGUCAUGGAGUUUCCCCAGCACUCCUUGCAGCUUCUAUCAGGUCUGCGUUCCCAGCGCCAACGUGGGUUCCUGUGUGACUGCACCGUCCUGGUUGGCUCUUCUCGUUUUCUGGCCCACAGGGCUGUACUGGCCUCCUGCUCUCCUUUUUUCCACAUGUUCUAUUCUGAUCCGCCAGGAGGAGCUGGGGCUGGCUUAGUCACGCUAGACGGGGACAUCGUCACGGCGGCAGCGUUUGGCCUGUUGUUAGACUUCAUGUACGAGGGCGUGCUUCGGCUGGAGGCCCCUCCCCCAGCAGAGGAUGUUUUGGCAGCGGCAAGCUUUCUCCAUAUGAACGAAGUGGUACGGGUGUGUAAGAGACAGCUACAGCACCGUCCGCCACCGGCAGAGGCAGACAGCACACGCCCAGAGGAGAGCGGCUUGGGUGGCAGUGGACCCAGGGUUGGCAUGGCGACAGGAGCUUCCCAAACAGUCACUGUGGCAACAGGGAUGUCAUUGGCGUCCCCCUUCGCAUCCAUGGCGAUGCAGAGGAACCAACUGGGCUCUUCUGGCAGGUCAGAAAGGAGUGUAGAGGCUCGGGAGCAUGCCCCGCUAAGCCCAGAUGUAGCCGACACCACCCAGCCUGGCAUGGACCACGCUUUGCCCCCUGUGGGUGACCUGGUAAUCCUCUCCUCUGGUACUUCUCUCAGGGUGGGGGGUCAGGGAGGUUCUGCCCUCUGCAGCCCCUGUAGCUCCACAGAGACAUACAGUCACCACCACCAGUCCUCUUCAUCAGCAGCUACAUCAUCAUCCUCAGCGAUGCCCAUGACUCAAGCCAGCGGCUCGGGCUCUUCGGUAGUGAUACUUACCCAGUCGGACCAUAGCAGCUCCUCCAGCCCAGGACAGGAGAGCCAAGACAAUCUCUCUGACGACAAGAGUUCAGUGAUCACACCAGGCAGCACACAGCAUCCACUGCAGUCCUGUCCUCCCAAUGUGAACGCAACAAACCACCAGAGCCAACCCUCCCCUCCGCCCCAGGCUGAAGGGCCCAAUCAGGGGGGGGCGGAGGACGCUGAGGGAAACCCCAACACGGGGGUGCUUAGAGCAGAGCACCUGCCAGGGACACGGGGAGUGGUGGAGGACGAGGAGGACGGGGUGAAGGUAAAAGUGGAGGCCAUUGUGAUCUCAGACGAGGAGUUUGAGGAGAUGGAAGGGGUGAUGAUUAGGAGAGGAAUGGGGACAGGUCGGGAACGAGGGAUGAUGGAGGUAGAUGACGGGGAUGACUUUGAGGAUAGUAACGGAGAUGGACUCCGACCCUUCCUCCCUCAUCCCCACCACUCCUUACUUCAGAUGACCCACUCACACCCCUCCGAGCCGCUCUCCUUCCCCCUCUCCCCCUCCGGACCUGGGGCCUCCUCCGACACGCCCUCUUUCCCCGCCUCCCUCUUCCCCUCCAUGGGCCAGCAUUCCGACCAACCCGUCUACUUCCAGGACUUCCAGGACUCUAUGGGGAACUAUGUUGAGGAUGUCCCCACGUGCGGUGUCUGUGGAAAGACGUUCUCGUGCGCGUACACUCUGAGGCGGCAUGCCAUCGUUCAUACACGCGAGCGCCCCUACGAGUGCCGCUAUUGUUACCGUAGCUACACUCAGUCAGGCGACCUGUACCGCCACAUUAGGAAGGCUCAUGACUCCAGCCUUCCAGCCAAGCGAAGUAAAGCAGAGACUGAGGAGGGCCAGCCUCCACACAGCUAGCACACACAGCUAGUCAUAUACUUCCACAUUCUACACAGAAUAACCCAUUAUUGAUGCCUUCUGAACUCAGACAUCCCAGUCUUGCAUAUCAGUUACCUUGGGCAUCAUCAAAAUGACCCACCGACAUGAUCUGAGAUAUGUCAGAGGUCAUGCUGAGGUAGGAUUCAGACCUGGGGUAAGCCACACAGGUCCUGGAAUGUUGUUGGCAAUUUGUUUUAUCAACUUGACUAAGCAGCCAGACAUACCUAAAAUGAGAAGACCUGGAACUUUGGACAACUAGCUGGGCUCUGCUUUUCUGAGGGACAGGGUGGUGUUUUAGAUAUUUUAAAUGGGACUUUCAGGACUUUUAUAUUUGAUCUAUUUAUCUUUGAAAUUGGUGCCAAACAACUAAUGUACAUUGUUGUGAUAACAGGUGUCAAGGGUACGGUUUUGUUUUUGUCAAAACUAAGUGUAACUGUCUGAUACUUCAUUCUGUACAUUUCAACUGUUGCCUACCGUUACGAUUGGCUCAAGAAUAUCAAUAAUUCAUUGCUGUGAAUAAAACACAUGGGAGAGUUCA